AUGAAUUCAACUACAUAUUUGGAACAAAUACGCAAUGUUAAAUUUGAUCCAACAUUUUUACCAGUUGUAGCCACUAGUUUUAUUGUAUUUACAAUUCUUUAUAAAUUUAUUGAUCCAUUUUUAUCAAAUUUAUUAAUCAAAGAUUAUAGAACUUUAACUGAAAUACAAAAAAUUGAUUGGAAUACAAGAAUUAAUUCAUCAAUUAAUUCACUUGUUGUUGGUACUAUUUGUGUAUAUAUGAUGAUUGAUGAUCGUGGACUUAAUGCUAAUCCUCUAAUAUAUAAAAGCUAUUUAUUACAAACAAAUUUGUCUAUUGUUAUUGGAUAUUUAUUAUGUGAUACGAUCAUUGGUAUAAUACAUUAUAGAGCAAUUGGAGAUGCAUUUUCAAUGGCUCAUCAUUUUGUGUCUAUUUAUGCUUUUGCUUAUGUAUUAACAUUAAAUGUGAUGCCAUAUUUUGCUAAUUUUCGACUACUUGCUGAACUCUCGACACCUUCAGUCAAUAUAAGAUGGUUUCUUGAUGCAUUAAAAUAUCCUAGAACAUCAAAACUAUUCGUAUAUAAUGGAUUGCUCAUGACUAUAAUUUUCUUUUUUGUUCGUAUAUUUGCAAUGCCUAUUUAUUGGUGGAAAGUAUAUAUAGCUGCUAUGACACCAUUAUGGCCUCAUAUGGGUUAUUUUCGAUUAAUUCUUCUUGUUGUAUGUGUUGUACUUGAUGUUAUUAAUUUAUAUUGGUUUUCAAAAAUGCUUCGAGGUUGUAUAAAAAUUCUUACGCCUGGUAAAGAAGAAAAACAUGAUUAA